AGAGGCAGAGGCAGUCAGCCGGCCAAGAAGUGUCAAACAAAACCACUGCGGCUUUUUAUCCGCCACCAGCGGCAAGAGCGGGCAAUAUUUCAAAGGCCGUAGCCCCGUAGGCCUGCCUCCCGUCUGCGCCCUACUCGCUCGCCUACUCCUCCCCUCCCCACCACACCACUUCCCUUCCCCGCCCCGCCUACAAGCAAGCCACCCCAGCCAUUCAUGGCCAUCACCACCAUGUGUCGCCACUCCACCUCCACCUCCACCUCCCACCCACUCCUCUCCCCGCGCCAUUAAACCCGCUCGCUCGCUCCUCACUCGCUUCCGCAGCUCCACCCGUCGCCCGCACCGGCGCUUUGCUGCCGUCGUCUGCUCCUUCCGUGGAGCCAGCUGCUGCGGCCGACCGGGGCCAUGGCGGGCAUUGACCUCAACACCGUGGAGGAGGAGGACGAGGAGGAGGCGGAGGCGGAGGCGCCGCCUGUGGCCGCCAGGGCCGGUGGUGGCGCCGUGUGUCUGGAGCUGUGGCACGCGUGCGCGGGCCCCGUCGCGCCGCUGCCGCGCAAGGGCAGCGCCGUCGUGUACCUGCCGCAGGGCCACCUCGAGCACAUCGGCGGCGACGCUGACGCGGCGGGAGCAGCGGUGCCGCCACACGUGCUCUGCCGCGUCGUCGACGUCACCCUCCACGUGAGUUCCUGCGCGCGCGGGGCCUGGGCGGCGGGGCGCCUGUACCGUGCCUGCGAGCGCAAUGUGCUCGAGCUAUUGACUGACAGGAGAACCUGUCUUGUUCCGUGCGUGCAGGCGGACGGCGCCACCGACGAGGUGUACGCGCGGGUGUCGCUGCUGCCCGAGGACGAGGAGGCGGAGAGGCGGGCGCGGGCGCGGGUUCGGGAGGACGAGGACGCGGAUCGCGACGGCGAGGACGGGGCCGCCAUGAAGCCGCUCGCACGGACGCCGCACAUGUUCUGCAAGACGCUCACGGCCUCUGACACCAGCACGCACGGCGGCUUCUCCGUGCCGCGCCGCGCCGCCGAGGACUGCUUCCCGCCGCUGGACUACAGCCAGCAGAGGCCGUCUCAGGAGCUCGUGGCCAAGGAUCUACACGGCACGGAGUGGAAGUUCCGACAUAUCUACCGAGGCCAGCCACGAAGGCAUCUCUUAACCACUGGAUGGAGUGCAUUUGUUAAUAAGAAGAAGCUUGUUUCUGGCGAUGCAGUUCUGUUCCUUCGAGGUGAAGAUGGAGUGCUUCGACUGGGAGUGCGCCGAGCAGCCCAGCUAAAAAUUGUAACUCCUAUUCCUGCACUGCAUAACCAGUGCUCAAGCCAGACCACUCUGGGAAAUGUUGCACAAGCUGUGGCCACGAGGACUGUUUUCCACAUUUACUACAAUCCCAGGUUAAGUCAAUCUGAAUUCAUUGUACCCUAUUGGAAGUUCACCAGAAGCUUGAAUCAACCAAUUUCUGUUGGAAUGAGAUGCAGAAUGCGAUAUGAAAGUGACGAUGCUUCUGAAAGAAGGUGCACUGGGAUAAUAAUUGGAAGCAGAGAAGCUGAGCCUAUUUGGUAUGGUUCAAAAUGGAAAUGCUUGGUGGUUAGAUGGGAUGAUGGUAUAGAGUGCCAUUGGCCCAAUAGGGUAUCUCCUUGGGAGAUUGAGGUCACAGGAUCAGUUUCAGGAUCUCAUAUGUGCGCUCCCAAUUCAAAACGUCUGAAACCAUGCCUCCCUCAAGUUAAUCCGGAGAUUGUGCUUCCAAAUGGAAGCGUUUCUUCAGAUUUUGCGGGAUCUGUCAGAUUCCACAAGGUCUUGCAAGGUCAAGAAUUGUUGGGUUUGAAAACCCAUGACGGGAUCCCAAGGCUCGGUGUUAGAUCUCCAAAUGGAAUCCCUGGAUUUCCCUACCAUUGCUCAGGCUUUGGGGAAUCUCAAAGAUUCCAAAAGGUCUUGCAAGGUCAAGAAGUGUUUCGUCCUUUCCGAGGAGGAUGUUUGGCUGAUGGCCAUAUAAGAACUGCUGGCAUGUAUCAACCUAAAUGGCCUGCACCACAAGGGUGUGAUUUUCCACAGCCAGCAAAACCGGUACUUGUGUUGCAAGCAUCCUCCCCAUCAUCUGUGCUGAUGUUUCCACAAACUGGUUCUAAGAUAACUCCAUUGGAAUAUGAGUACAGCUGCCUGGAUAAGGAUGAGGAUGGUAGAUUUGAUAGGACUGUCCCUACUCAAGAUAUGGGAAGAAACAAUCAAACAUUAUCUCUUUGGCCUCAUCUUGUUUCCGGCGAAGCAAUAGAAGAAUGUACUGGAACUGAGAAUAUGCACUCUUCUGUCAGUGGUGCAGAGCAUGAAUCAAACAAUGAGAGUACAGUUGAAAAUGGCUGCAAAAUCUUUGGUAUCUCAUUGGCUGAAAAGAUCCGAUCAUGUGAUGAAGCAGACUCUUGUAGUGCAAAACGUAAUUCUGGGCUCCAGCCUUCGAGGUCACAAAUACUAGGCAGCUGUUGGGCCACUGUUCAUGAGCACAGAUCUGUUGUUGGCAGGGUGGUUGAUGUCUCUGCAACGGAUAUGAUGAUCUGAUCCAUAUGGCGUUCUUGUAGACGAUGCAGAAAUGACAACCGACUGCAACUUUCAUGGCCUGAACCACAUCCUGGAUGAAAGAUAGCUAAAAGGUGACCAGAUGAUUCUUGGAACACGGAUGUUUGACAAAUUUGUAAUGUUCUUUUGGGCUUUGAAUAUCUUAUUAUUUUAAGCUUCCUAGUAAUCAGCACUUGUAUCUUAAGGUGCGCGUUAUCGCAAGUUCUUUUAGAGGGCUUGUUUGGAUUAGCACCAUUUCCCAAUUACUCGUCGCAUUGUUUUUUUUGCCCCCGGUAAACAAGCCCGUUUCUUUCCCGUGAUGUUUAAUUGGCAGAUUGGCUCCAGUCUUGUUGGUACCAUUUGUUG